AGUGUAUCAUCCGUGUGCACAACCGCAGUGCCCUUUUGCGGCGGCGACGGAGGCUCAUGGUGGCGGCGGGUGUAAGGGGCGGUUCGGCCGGUGCUGCCUCUGUAUUUGCUUUCCCGACCUCUUUCCCGGCACGCAUUUUCGCCUUUUCCCGGCAGGUGUCCUUAACGGUGUGUGAUUCGCGCGGGCGGGCCGUCCGUCCGUGGGCCGGCGCCAACCCGACACGCGCGUGAUUUCGCGCGCCAAUCAAUAUUGCACCCGCUCACCCGCUCUCUCGCUCGGGCUGACCCAAUUCGCGCGAAUCCCACCCGCGAGAUCGGCGCCGGGGCGACGACGAGGGCCCCAUCGGUCGACGCCACGUAAAUUUUAUCGGCGAGCUCGCGAUCGCGGCGUCGGCGGCACCGCGUUUGAUUCUCAUUUGAGUCGUGCACCGAUUGUCACGCGAGCCUCCGAGGGGGCGCAGGGGGUGCCUCUAUCGAUUCAGCGCGCGGCCCGGGCCGACUUGCGGUGGUGCCUCCGACAACUACGAUCCCUUUGUACUAAUUUCGCACCAUGUCCGAGGAAGGCAAUUUUGACGACGAGACGUCGGAAGGGGCGCCUCGCGUGUACACAUGCCUUUGAUUGAAAGCUAGAGAAAGGGUUUUUCUGUUGGAAUCGGGCCUGAGGAAACGAACGGAGGCGCAUGCUUGGCUCACGCGGCACGCAAAAGGUCCCGGGGAUAUCGGCAGCAGUCAGUGAGCGGCCACCGCCGGGGUGAAAUGAAAAUCAACAAGUAAUGGAGGGCAAGGAAGGCCUCAAAGAUGACGAGUUGGUGUCGAGCAAUGCGAACCAACGCAACUGGCGGGGCAUCCUGAUCGCCCUGCUGGUCAUCGUAUUCGUGCUGGCACUGAUCGUCACCUCCGUGGUGCUGCUGACGCCGCCCGAUGAGGGGCCGCGCGUCAAGGGCCAUCGCUUCAAACUGGCCGACGUGCUCGGACACGAGUUCCUGCCCCUGCGCUUCAAUGGCACGUGGGUGUCGCCUCACGAACUCGUCUACCUGGACCACCAUGGCGGCAUCAGCCUGCUCAACGUGCUCAACGCCUCCUCCAAAGUCCUGAUGAACAAUCAGACCUUUAGGAGGCUGAAUUCUGCCAAAUUCACCCUCUCGCCGGACCACCGGUACAUUCUACUGGCACACAACGUCCAAAAACUCUUCCGCCAUUCAUAUCUCGCCCAGUACACAGUCUUCGACAUCAGUACCACAGAGCUGUUUCCGCUUACACCAACCCCAGAAGAUCCGACCCACCCCUACUUGUUGCACGCGGCGUGGACGCCCAAACAGGGACACGCCUUGGUGAUCGUCUACGAGUACGACAUCUACUACCGUCCGGGGCCCAGGGGCAACUUGGUCUACCGAGUCACCUCCGACGCCGUGCCAGGAGUUAUUAGCAACGGGGUGCCUGACUGGGUCUACGAGGAGGAAGUGCUGGACAGCAAUUUAGCGCUAUGGUUUGCUGAAGAUGGCUUGCUCAUCUCGUACGCCACUUUCAACGACUCGAGGGUGGAGGAGCUCAAAUUUCCCUGGUUUGGCUCACUGGACGAGGGGAAACUGUACCCCGACAUCCGCAGCCUGCGCUACCCAAAGCCCGACACUCCGAAUCCCACGGUGACUCUGUGGGUGGCGGAUUUGGCCGACCCCAAGAACAUUCGAAAGAGGGAUUUGAAGCCGCCGUCCGCCCUCGAUGACGAGGAGUUCUACUUCACCUCGGUUACCUGGGUCAGCCUCACCGAGUUGUCGGUCGUGUGGAUGAAUAGGGUGCAGAACUUCAGCCUCGUGUCCGUCUGCAAGAGUCCGCUGUGGAUGUGUCAGGAGGUGCACCGGGUGACGAUCGAGAGCCGCGGCUGGGUUCCUGAGUCGCGGGGCCCGCCACUCUUCUCCAAAGACAGCGCCAGUUUCGUCACCCUGACACCCAUUCGCGACGGCUCGGCCGGCCGCUUCAUGCACGUUACCCUGGUGGACACGGCCAAGAGUGGGACCUUCUCGCUAACGCACGGCCGCUUCGACGUGGCCAGCAUCGAGGCGUGGGACCAUGUGGAGAACAAGAUCUACUUCCUGGCCGCGCCAGAGGGCCGUCCCGGGCAGCAGCACCUGUGGCGUUUCACCCUGAGCGGCAACGUGGCCAGCAGCCCCCAAUGCCUGACGUGCCCUUACCCUGACGUGACGACGGACGGCGAGGCAAGCUACAUGGAGGACUCGGACGAGGACGUGGACCCCGAGGACCUGCUGUCGACCACGACGACGACCACGGCGGCGCCCCGCAAGAGCAAGAAGGGCAAGCCGCCUCCACCGCCACACCCUAGCACCCUGGUGUGGCGGCCGUGCCUCUACCACACGGCCGUGUUCAGCCCCAACAAGGACUACGUGGUCGUCGAGUGCCUCGGCCCUGGGGUGCCUUUCACCAGGAUGUACACCACCAGGGAGAGUCCCGACGGGCUGCGUCUGAUCGCCACCCUGCAGAACAACACCAAGCUGCAGGAGCGAGCGGCCGGCAUGGCGCUGCCGCAGGUCAAGACGUUCCCCGUGCAGAUCUCGGGUGGAUACCAUGCCAGGGUCAGGCUGCACCUGCCGCCAGGUCUGAGGGAGGACGAGAUCACGCAGUACCCGCUGGUCGUGCACAUCUACGGCGGGCCUGGCUCGCAACUGGUGACAGAACGCUGGAGGCUGGACUGGAACACGUAUCUCGCGUCGAAACGUGACUAUAUCGUGGCCCAAAUUGACGGACGUGGUUCCGGAGGCCAGGGCGAAAAAUUGCUGCACGAGGUGUACCACCGGCUGGGCACAGUUGAAGUCAAGGACCAGUUAGAAGUUACAGAGUACCUGAGGGACACUUUCCACUUCAUUGAUAAAAGAAGGGUGGCUGUGUGGGGCUGGAGCUACGGUGGUUUCGUGGCUGCGAUGGCCCUAGGACGGGAUCAAGAUAUUUUCCAGUGCGGCAUCUCCGUCGCCCCGGUCACUAACUGGAAGCUUUAUGAUUCCGUGUACGCUGAGCGGUACAUGGGGUCGCCGAACGUGACGGCAAACUACAAGGGAUACGACGAGGCGGACGUGACGAAGCGCGCCGAGUUCUUUCGUGAUAAGAUGUUCUACUUGAUCCACGGCACCGCCGACGACAACGUGCACUUCCAGCAGUCGAUGAUGCUGGCAAAGGCACUCACUUUCAAGGGGGUGCUAUUCCGGCAGCAGGUCUACCCGGACGAGAGCCACAACUUGAACGGCGUCAAGCGCCACCUCUACCGUUCGAUGGCCAACUUCUUGGACGACUGCUUCCGCAAGCAGAUGCCGCCGGACGCCAAGCCGGGCCUGAAGAAUGAUUAGAGUGCCAUAUCCACAGAAUUUUAGCAAUAUUCACAAAAACACACACACACACACUACUAAAAGAAAUUUAGCAAUAUUAGGGACCAUGGCGAGGAACGCCUGUACAUAUUUCAAUUUAUUGAUCUCAUCGGUUCCUCCUUCCAAUGGCCACCUCUUAUUAAUGACGAAGACGAUGAUGGUGACAGCAUCAAAUAAUAAAAUUGCAUCUUUAUGAAGAAGAAGAAUAAGCAAAUUAAUAAUUGAAAAUCGAUCGCAGAUAAUUAAUACAUGAUAAGAAAUUUGAAAAUUCUCUUCUCUCUUUGUGAUACUAUUAGAUGAGCAGACGAGCAUGGAUUGUUAUUGAAAAAGAAAAUUACUUAUUAAAAUAUUGACUAAGGUUACUGUAGACGAGCGCACUUGAGAUUAUCUCUUUAAUAAAUCUGAUUACAAUA